AAUACUACUGUAGUCCAUACGACUGAUAAAUACUGGGUUAAAGUUAAAAAUAUUGUAACAAAACCAGACAGUAAAAUUGUAACACAUAAACACAUAAACUGCACUACUGAUGCAAAUAAAAUUGCAUAAUAUAUUACACAAAGGUAAAGAUUCCAUAACUAAUUUUCUUUAAAAAAGCUUAAACGAAUAAAAACUCAAAGACCAAGUAGAAAAAACUAUAAAAAGUGGUAUAACAUAGAAACGCAUAAUUUCUUUGUACCAAAACUAUGCACUAUAAAGCUCUCCAAAAAGGACCGAUUUAAAUACUAAGAAAAACAUUUUUACAACCAGCCAUAUAAAAUAUAAAACUAUGACAUGCACCCUCUAAAUUUUGGACAAAUAUAACAUAUUUAUCUUACAGUGGAUUACAGAAAGUGUUAACAAUACAGUUGUAACAUCUUAUGUAUAAUAUCACAACAUUUUGCAUUCGGCAUGGAAAAUAAAUCCUGUAUAGAGCUGAAACCAUGUUGUUGUCUGAGGUGUUGUGUGUGUGGACAGUGGUGACCUACAUGUUGUUCUGUCUGUACGUCCCCACACACACACACACGUUCCUCCAGGGGCAGACGGCCACGCCCUCGCCUGUUCCACCUGCCUGUCUCCACGGCCAGGCUGUGGCCACUCACCCUGAACCGUGUGAAUGACACUCUAUGUAUGUCGUUUAUCGUGUGUCUUGUUGUGUAUAUGUCAUGUACUGCUAAGUCAGGGUUCAUCAUCUUAUACACUAAGCAUCUUGAGGCUACAGAGUGAGAGAUGGCAUCAUGAACAUUUCGCAAUAAAGUAGACUUAUGCGGCACGGCAGUGUGUACCAUUUGUGCUAUCAACUUCCCCGCUGGAGUGUUCAUUGCAAAUGAAGAUCUUAUUGCGAAAAUUAAAUUACAAGAUAUACAAGAUAAACUUAUCUAUCUAUCUAUCUAUCUAUGUGUGUGUGUGUGUGUGUGUGUGUGUCAGAUAUACACACAGCUCUGCAACACACACUUGUGCACACACACACACACACACAUACACACACACACACACAUACACACACACACUGCACCCAAAUCAGGCAGUUAAAAAAUUAAAGACCUGUUGUUGUUUGAGAUCCCUUACCACUCCCCGUACUCUCCUUUUGUCUCAUCCCACAGGCAUUGUCCAUGAUGCUUCCUGUGUUGUGGUUCCAUCAUGGCAGGCAUGGAAGUGCCUCUCACUGCAUCACCGCCUCAUGAUCAUUGAGAGCAUGGACACAGACACUGAGGCCCUAGUGGGUACGUGGACCUCCUCAAUGGACAGAUGGACAGAGGCUGGUGUGCUGGCUACAUGUAUCAGGAGCAAAUCUCAACCUUCUUCUCUGUUGUGGCAACAGGGAUGACAUAUGAGAUGGCCAUGACCAGCAUGCCCCUUCAGGUGCUGCGUCUGCACCUGCCACACAGUCCAUCCUCUGAGGCCGUUGUCCUGCUCAUCUUCCCAAAGCCUCAGCGUUAUGACACCUAUGUGGAUGGUGUCUUUGUUCCCCCAGCCAACCUCAACACCUCUGCAGCCGGCUACAAGCUGUUGCCUGAGAACCCCACCCAUCCUCAGGCUUUCCUUCCCAUGUUGGACAAUGCAAUGAGGACCAGCUUCUUCCAGCGCAGUGCUAAGCUGGUCCAUGUGGUGCUGUGCGAAGGCCACAUCCUUGACAUCAAGACCACACCCAUGAUCACCCUCACCAGUGGCCUCAUGGUGAAGGAAGAUGAAUUUUAUGAGCAGAACUUGGUGUUGAAUCUGGCCAGCCUGUUUGAGGUAUCCCCAAACAACAUCAGGGUCAUCAGUGUUAUGCAGGAGCUCUCCAAGAGACAGCAGGGAAGGCUGGAGGCUGAAGUGGCCAGCGCUCACACUACAAGCCUGAAUGGUGAGGAGGAGGAGGGAGCAAUUGGUGGGGAGGUGAUUCCCUACAAGAAGCUGGUGCAGAGUCUGGAGAAGGCCGUCAAUAGAUUCCAGGAUGGAUCAUGCAGCAACUGUGCCUCUCUCUCUUGGUGAGUGACCCCAUCGAGCCACCACCCAAGGAAACCCCUCCAAAGGCCACAGAGGAGGAAGGCAGUGUUGUCAUUCUGGAUGCCAAGCUGUUCUACAAGCAGCAGGAGAAGGAGGUGGCAGAGAAGAUCAAGGAAAGCCUGGCAGUGACUGAGUAUGCCAAGCCAUCCAGUGCAUUGGUGCUGAGUGGUGUGUCCAGCAGUGUGGUGCAGUACACAGUGUUUGAAAUGCAGCUGUCCUUUACUGUGCUGGAUACAGAGGUGUGUGUGUAGUUGUAGUAUACAGGGACUAAGCUACACACCUCUGGUUCUGUCUCCUCCUUUAUUCAUCCAUCAGUUUAUGUACAUUUCUUGCCUCUCUCACCUUUGUUUUUCUACUUGUGAUAAACAGGGGCUGGGCUACAUUCCUUAUCCCAUCUCUGUAUUCAUUCAGUUCUUGU